CCUAGAUAAAGAAUGGAGAGAUGACGUACCUUCUAGUGAUGCACGUUUCAUGUCGCCGCACAUUUCACUCACAGCAUGGGAGUGAGAAGAUGUAACCAUCUGACUCGUAUAUUGGCUACAGUGCGUCCCACUUCGGACCCAGCGAGUAAAGACUGGGCGAGGAGGGUAGCUAAAUAACCGACAAAAUUUCUCAUCCCUGCGAGUUCGAGUUUUUGGUUGGAGGUUAUGUGUCAGUCGUCAGUCAACAGAGUCAACACACAGACAUACAGUGUGAUUAAGAUGGCAACACGGAAAAGAAGUGGCUCCGGCUCUAAAUGGCAAUUAAAGGAAAAAGUUGUUCAAAUGUAUGAAUGCUUUUUCAAGGGUGAAGAUCCAACAAAAACAAAUUCCAAUUUUUGGGAUGAGCUGUUUCUUUUAAAACCAAAGGUACCUCAACUAGAGGCUGAGAUUCAGAAAUUAAAUAUUGAUCAGCUGCUUCAACUCAAAGAAAAUAUACAUACUCUCUUUCAUCAAUGUGUUGAGACUUUGAGUCACGGGCACCAUAUAAGGGUUGUAUAUGCAUUACAGACCUUAUGUGCACUUAUUGAUUCCAUCUACAAAAAGACUAGUGGUGUCUCAGGUUUUGAUAUAAUAAAUACCUUGAUGGGCUUUGAUCAGGCAGAAUUGCGGAUGCAAGGUUUAAUGGAUCACUUGAAUAAUUUUCUAAGUGGUGAGUUCCCAGCCAGCCUAAAAACUUUAUGCUUGAAACUUCUUUUGGUCCUGGUAACUGGGACUGAAAAUGUAAGUCAAAACACCCUACUGGAGUAUGUCAUGAUCAACAGUGUUUUUGAAAGCCUAAUUCAGCUUUUGUGUAAUCCUCAAUCUAGAGCAGCACAUGGGCAUGAUGCUGUUCUUCUUCUAACCCUCCUAGUAAAUUACCGUAAAUAUGAGGCCGCAAACCCUUAUAUUGUGAAGCUCUCAAUCUUGGAUGAUGAGCUUGCCUUAAAUGGUUAUGGGCAGGUGAUAACUGCUUCUCUAUCAGAAUUCUGUCACCAAUUUGCUGCCCAGCAUCAAGAGAAUCAUUCUGCAGGUUGGCUCUCUUCACUUACUAACAUGGUGGGCAGCAUGUUUGUCUCUGAAGAAGGAGGCGUUCGGACACAGCAGAUCAGGGCCAAUAAUGCUGUCUUGGUUGCUUUAUAUGAAGGGGUACAUUUGAACCGUAAUUUUAUUACAACUCUAGCACAUACCCAAACAGAUGGCAGUCUUCCUCCCUCACCAAGUAACACACUAGCCGCGCACACCACCCCUCCCUCUGAUUCGAGUGCUCAAUUGCCUGCCUUUGAUGUGAUGGCUGAACCUUCCAAUCUUCUUGUAACUUUCUUCCAGUACUGCUCUAUUGUCAUGCAAGAUACCAAGUGUGAAUCAAGUAUGAACAGCGUAAAAUUGUGUUUCCUAAUUCUGACCUGCAUAUCUGAAGACCAAUAUGCAAAUUCAUUAAUGCAUGAUGCCAAUUUGACAUUUAAAGUUCUUUUACACCGUUUACCUAUGAGGCAUCGUAAGGUCACAACUGAAAGGACUUCACCAUCUCAGCCUCUUGCUGCAACUUUACUUGACCUUUUAGUGGAAUUUAUCAUGUCCCACAUGAUGAAGAAGCUCCCAAUGGAGUUGUAUCUUCUUUGUGUUGGAGUUGCACAUCGUCUUAUUUGUUAUCAAAAGAGAUGUAGGGUGCGUCUAACAUAUCAAUGGAAAGAAGUGUGGUCAUCAUUAAUUAGUCUCCUUAAAUUUUUGGUGAACAAUGAAAACCACCUAGCAAGGAAAAUGAACAUUUUUCAUCUUGCUGUACAGGUUGUUAAUAUAUUUAAUCUAUUCAUUACUUAUGGAGACACAUUCCUUCCUUCACCUGGAAGUUAUGAUGAACUUUACUACGAACUCAUUCGGAUGCAACAUGUUUUUGAAGAUCUCUAUUCUAUGGCACUUCGAUAUUCAAGUUCUGAUGGUGAUCUGAAAGAAAAUGCUUUAAAGCUAACAAGCUGUCUUAGUAAUGUCAGGGCAAUUAUCAACCAUUUCUCACCUAAAAUAGAAGCCUGGCUAACAAACCAGAGUCUUUCAACACCAUCAGAGGAUCAGAUCUUGGAAGUUGUUCGGAAAAACUAUGACAGUUUAACAUUGAAAUUGCAAGAUAGUUUAGAUACCUAUGAAAGGUAUACUGAAAAGCCACGACAUGCUCAAUUCUUCACAGCAAUGGUUCGUAGCGUUGUGAAUGACACAAGGCAGAGUAUUGAUUUUGCAUCCAUGGACUUACAAAGUAUUCUCCAUGAGUUUUCUUCAAUUUCGUGACAUGCUACUUUAGGUCAUGAUUUUGUAACAAGCAAAUUAAAGGGGUUCAUUACCCAUUAUCUUUCAAUGAUGAGAUAGUCUGUUUUCAAAACUGCUUGACAUCACCAAAGCUGAAUGAAAUAUUGAUGUAAUUUGAUUGUAGUUGCAUUGGAGGUAUAUUUUUAUGUCAGAGUUAUAUUUUUAAAGUCCAGAUGUUGAAAUAUGUAAUCUAGAAAGAAAACAAAUAGUAUGAAAAAGAAAAUGCUUACUAAUGAGUUUAGUUUUCAAUAUCCAUUGUUUAAUUAACUGCUGUGAUUAGAAAGUAUGAACCAGCCAGCCUUCAGAUCAAAUAACUAUUUGUGUCAUUUUGCUAAUCUUAAGCAAUUGUUGUUCCCCUUCCUGGAGACCUUUACCAUACCUGACUACUGAAAGAAAAGACUGUAACCUUUUUAAAUGUAGGUAAUUAUAAAGUCCAUAAUGAUGAA